AUGUUGAAAAGUCAGGCUGAGGACUCUGCUGGAUCCUCCACUUCUGCAGAAUCCUGCUCUGAUGACGAUUAUGUACCUGAAGGUGAACCAAGUAGCGAUGAUGGAUCUAAAAACAACAACCCAGAUCCAGAUUCUUCUGAACAGCAGAGCUUUGUGCAGCAACCCGUUGAUGCCUCGUGCAUCCAGCAGGAUAGUGACGAUGAUUACAGCUCUGAUGAUUUUACAUCUGAUGGAGAGCCGGAAGGCACUUCCCGCACCAACAAAAAUUAUUGUUACGUUUGCGGUAAAGCUCAAUCAAAAAUUUCCCGUCACCUUUUCACCCACAGAAAUGAAGAGGACGAAAUAGCUGAAGUGUUUGCACUCCCCCUAUACUCUAAGGAACGAAAUAUCCUACUGGAUAAGUUACGAAACAGAGGAAAUUACAAACACAAUCAAAUGGUUUUGAAGACCCACUGUGGAGAACUGAAAGUGAAAAGAAGAAAAUCAAACAUGUCCACCGCUGUUAAAACAUAUGCACUCUGUCUAUAUUGUAAAGGCAUGUAUAGCCGUAAGGACAUGUGGCGACACAUGCAAAGGUGUGCUUCAAAUAAAUCCUCAAAACUUCCAGGAGUUGGCAAGACUAAAGUCUUAACUUUGAUUGCUGCUGCCGAGUCAACAGACCUCAAAGAAAUCUCAUCAGAUGUGAGGGAGGUAUUGACGAAACUGAAGAAAGAUGAGAUUGCAUCUGUAAUUGAGAGUGAUCCCCAUAUACUGCUGCUGGCACAGUGUUUGUGCCACAUGAAUGAAGGUAAAACAAACCGACGAGACCACAUCCCACACAGGCUGAGGCUUAUGGGGAGACUCCUGUUAAAAUUGAGGACAAAAUCAAUUAGUAGCUUUGAAGAUGCAGUCAAACCCGAAAACUUCAGCAAAGUGGUUGAAGCUGUCAGAGAGCUCGCUGGUUUCAAUGAAGAGAUAAAGUCCUGUGACAGACCAAGUCUUAUGCUUAAAAUGGGAAAUUCGCUCAAGAAAAUUGGUCAAAUUAUCUUCGCCAGGGCUUUGAAAGCGGAGGCAGAUGAAGAGACGACACAUGAAGCGGAGACAUUUAUGAAGUUGUGUGCAGAAGAAUGGAGCUCUGUCGUCAAAUCGAAAUCAAGAGUCAACAAACCACAAACCAUGUCGUUCAUACAGGACGUGCAGCUUUUCUACCAGUGCGUGGAGAAGACGGCAGCGUCUGCAGUUGAAAGCCUGACGAUGUAUGAAAGUCCUCCGGUCUACAAUGCACUUCUCAGAGUGACCGCUGCACAAGUGUCACUCUUAAACAGAAACAAUGUAGACGUUUCCAAAGUAACAAUCAAGUCAUUUAAGGAAAGGGAUGAGACUGAGCUUCAUGAAGACGCUGCUGUUUACCAGUCACAGUUUGAGCAAAUUCUGUCCAAGAACACUGUGAAGAUCAAUCUAAGGAAUGACAAAGAUAAAAAAGUUGCCGUUACGUUGACCCCUAAACUACUCUCUGCAAUAACACUGCUUGUGAACAAGAGAGAGGCAUGUGGUGUACAUAAUAACAAUCCCUUCUUAUUCGCAAGACCUGUUGCCACAUGUACAAGCUUCUACCACGGACACCAGUGCAUCAACACUUUCGUAGCUCGGUGUGGUGCAAAGAACCCGGCGAACCUCAGGUCUACGUUUUUUCGGAGGCACGUUGCAAGAGUUUUCCAGAUUCUGAGCCUCACAAAUGACGAGCUUGAUCAGUUGGCCAGACUACUGGGCCGUGACAUUCGGACCGACAGCGAGUAUUAUCAGACGCCAGAAGCAGCUGUUGACAUAGCAAAAAUCUUGGAGCUACUAUCGGCAAUGGAGAAUGAAUGUCUUGAAAGAUUUGAAGGAAAAUCUCUUGAGGAGAUUGAGGUUGCAGAUGAACUGGAGCUGGAUGUGGAGCACGACAGCCUCGAAAACAGUGACGCUGAGGAAAAUGAAGAACCAGAAAGCAGUUUUCAGCUGGGUGAUGUAAAACGUGGGAGGGACAUUGCUCAUGACAAGGCCACCACAUCCAAAGCUCGUUCCUCCUUUUCCCGAGCUAAAAAACCCAGCGGAGUUUCCAGAGUUUCUUCCGUGAAGAAACGUGGCCGAGGCAGGACAAAAAGGUACGGGGGUCAAGAUGAGGAAUCUGAGCCGAAUGAUGAGAAAAACGAUGAGGUGAAAACAGAGAAGGAUGACGGGUCAGAGAAAAUGCCUGCGAGCUGUGCUGUGAACACACCUGAAGAAACACUGUCGCGUAGCAAGGAGGAUGCAGCAGACAUUUGUUUUAGUGAUUAUGACGAGGACAUGAAUGUGGACUUUGACAUGGACACCGAUGAGGACAUUCCCAGAAAUGAGGAAGAAGAUGGAGAUGGUGACACAAACGGCUCAGCAGCAACGCCCAAGAACGACGGCUCGCCUAACAGGGACACCUCUGUUGCAGACCUUGAAGAGACCAUGGACACUGAUACAGAGAACCAUGAGGAUGAAAAGAAAGGAAGCGAACAAAAUAACUGGACGGAUGUGGACGGCAGGAGUCCCUCUGCCAUCUUCGAUACAGGAAAGAAGAACAAACUCUCAGCUGCAGUGACUGGAAUGAAAGAAGUGAAGAUAUUAAUCCCAAAACUGGACAUUGAGAAGUUGCAGACUUCAGUCCACAUUUCCCAGUUAUCAUCCGUGUGCAACUCUGUCAAGUGGCCGGUGACAGAUCAGCCCAUUCAGGACAACAGCAAGCGCUGCCUAACAUCCUCUACUGCCACAGACAUCAACAAGCCCAGCUUUGCAAAGGCGAUAGAGAUGACCUGCUCCCACUGCAAGGUGACCAUGUUGAAGGGCCAAACAGCUUACCAGAAGAAGGGAUUCACGGACGUCUUCUGCUCCAAAAACUGCUUAUUUGAAAUGUUUCCCAUCAACAAACCAGUGCCCAAGACCUGUCAUCACUGUCACAAGGCGAUAUCGCAGCCUCUGGACCUCAUCAUGGCUGCAGUGGACGUUAAGGGCACUAUGAAGGACUUCUGCAGUGUGACCUGCCUAACCUCUUUUAAGUCCCCCCCACAGUCGAGCUGCAGCAUGUGCAACAAAUCCUGCACUACCACAUGUGAGUUGACCCUGAACAAGGCCGUUCACAAGUUUUUGCAGCGACUCCUGCUUAGAAAAUUUCCGCAGGGACAACGUGGGCGUCUGUGA